ACUACAAAUAGGUUCAUACUUCAUACUUUCACAGAGUCCACAUUUAGAAUUUUAUCAAAAUAAUAGUUAGCGCUGUUCCAGAUUUUCCCUAAAAGGAGAUAAGAAUCUACAAAAUUUUCUUUACAAAAAUGUGCAAGUUCAAGAAAGUAUCAUAACCCCCUUUACUUUCUUUCUGUAAUCUAGUGACCGAAUAUUUUGGUGCUUUAAUAAAAUCCAAUUUCAAUUAUCUAAUCACAGUUUGGUGCUUACAAUUAAUAUUGUGUACUAAAAACAUAUAUUCUUAUCUUUAAAUAUUUUUCUAUAAAAGGGUGCCCACAAAACCUUCAUUUAGAAAAAUGGUGUCUCUCACACACAACAUAUCCUUUCUCAUUCUCUUGUUCCUCGGCGUCCUUGCCCUCUCCUUCGUUUGCGACUGUAGCCCUCCUAAACCAUCACCGGAUCCCCACAACCCGCCAAAAAAUCCCGUCAAACCGCCUCAGUCACCUGCUGUCAAAUCGCCAAAACCGCCCACCGUUAAACCACCUCCAUCAACCCCUAAACCACCCAUGAAACCGCCAACCAUUAAACCACCGACCCACAAGCCUCCACCUGUGGUAACGUCGCCAACACCGUGCCCAGCAUCAACACUGUGCCCACCACCGUCACCAUGCCCACCACCAACACCGUGCCCACCACCAACACCAACACCAACUCCACCUGUCGUAACGCCGCCAACACCAGACCCACAUGUUGUUACACCGCCAAAACCAGAGACUUGCCCAAUCGACACGCUGAAAUUAGGCGCUUGUGUGGACAUUCUUGGAGGUUGCAUUCACAUGGGAAUUGGUAAAAGCUACGCUAAGGAAACGUGUUGCCCGGUUUUGGGAGGUUUAUUUAGCAUGGACGCAGCCAUUUGCCUAUGUACUACCAUUGAAGCCAAAUUUUUCAAUAUGGACCUCAUCAUUCCCAUUGCUAUUGAGAUUCUUCUCGACUGCGGAAAGCCUCCACCUCCUGGCUUCAAAUGUAAGUUUGAUGAUAUUUUUGGGUAAUUGGAGGUUAAUUUGCGUGUGUGAAACCGUUACUCAAUUGUUUCAUUUGAUACGAUAAAAGGGUUUGUUUGGGUUUUCACGCUGUACUUUUAGGUUUAUAUCUGUGUACGCUUUAAUUUAUUUUUAUGUACAUACGUACGUAGUACGUAGGUUGUGGAGUAAAGAAAUGUGAUUUUCAUAGUCAUGCACAUUGUACUGAUGGACAUGUGAUACGUGCCCUACAGCGUAGGCUACUGGCCAAGUACAUGCGUAUAAAUUUAUAUAUGUACACAUCUACGCCAACAAAUAUAUCAUAGUGUAUUCUUGAAAAAGUUGAUU